AUGGAGACCCAAGGAGCAAAAGAACCAGCAGAAGUAUUAAGAGAGUCGCCUAUAUCCACUGUACAUUCGCAUGAAAUUUCUCAAGAUGCGCCAGAGGCGAACACGCCCGCGCAAUCGCUCGGGCAAUCCCCCAGGAUCCUCCCGGUUGAGCCUCAUCCUGAACCAGCAAAUGAACCUCUAGUGUCCGACACGGCAGAUCAAGAAAACAAACUACACAAAACAAAACCAUCCGUAUGGAAGUUUAUCUCGAACUUGUUCAUCUGGGAGGUCCUAACAAUGACCUUAUCCUCCGGGCUUCUGGUCGCGAUCGUUGUGAUCUUGACACAGUAUGAUGAUCGUCCUCAACCGGCCUGGAGAUUAGUGUCGCUCAACUCGGUGAUCUCCUGGUUAAGCACAAUUUCGAAAGCGUGCGUCUUAUCCUCUAUCAGCGAGGGAAUAGGACAGCUGAAGUGGGUGUGGUUCACGCGAAAGAGCCGACCCUUAGUUGACCUGGGUGCCUUCGAUGUGGCCAGCCGCGGUGUAUACGGUUGUGCAGGCUUAGUUUGGAAACUACGAGCAAGACAUUUUGCAGUCCUAAGCAGUCUAGCCGUUAUCCUCGCUAUCGCCUUUGACCCUUUUGUCCAAAAUUUGAUCCAUUACUACCCUAAGGCUAUUGCCGAUUCCUCCGGAACUGCAAUUGUAUCGAGCAACUCUGACUACGACGCUCGUGGUCCUCCAUUGGAUGCUGCAAUGACCUAUCUUGAUCCGGAAAUGAAAGCUAAUAUCUACAAUUCGAUAUUCAACAGCGAUUCGUCGCGACCAUGGUCUAUUCCACGGUACACCUGUAGCUCAGGAAACUGUACCUGGGAUCCAAUUUCUACACUUGAAAUGAGGGCGAGUUGCACGAACGUAACGGAUCGACUGAAAACCGAAUGUGAUCACGACGGAGACAACCCGAGACCUAAAUCAAUUGAGCCGAUCUGCUCUGUUUAUCUUCCAGGCGGCAGUCGUAAUCUCUCUGCGGCUUUUCAGUUGAACACAUUCCAGGGUACGCCAAUCGUUAUAGGAUCGGUGGACCCUUUGAUAUACACAAACAGCAUCAUACCCCCUAUCCAACUUAUCGCCCCAGUUGAGCAGCCACGAGGUGAAGCAUGGGAAAAUAAGUUUUCCAAGCAGUUCAAAUGGCAGGCAAUAGAAUGCAGCGUCGAUCCCGUUGUGCACAGCUUUCGCGCAUCAGUCUCUGACGGCGUCUAUCACCAAGAAACCUUGGCCAUCUCCAAGAACGGGUCUUUUGAAGACUCCAUUCAUAAACACUACCAUUUGCAUCCCACCGGGGGGCCAGAGAUGGGCGUUGAGCGAAACAAAGAUUUUGUGAUAAGGAGUGGAUCGCUUGUAGCGAUACAAUACUUUUUUCAAAACUUCUUCGCUGGUUCAACGCGAAUGGAUCUGUUCGGCUUCACGUUUGUUCCUGACAGCAACAAAUAUAAAUACGCGACGGCGGAUUUGAUGCAGUUUAUUACACUUUCGAACAUGACCGGUUGCGCCGGUGGAACUACAAAGAAGAUGCACUGUGCUAUGAAUAAUGUCGCCGACGCAAUGUCAAAGUCCAUUCGCGAUACGGCGUCAUCUCCAAACUUCGCUAUUGCGACUGGCCAGGCGAUGACGAACAAGACACACAUUUCCAUCCAUUGGCAGUGGAUCAUUCUUCCGGUACUGGUAUGGCUAUUGGGCCUCCUCACAUUAAUUGGCACCAUUUGGAAGACUCGCAAAGCUAUGAUUCCCACAUGGAAGAAUGAGACGAUGCCACUCUUAUCUCUGUAUAGGGAUGGCCACAACGAGAAACCGCAAAUUGACCAAGUGUUGGAGACCGAGAGGGUGAUGUUAUACCAAAGUGAGGGCAAAAUGGUGCUGAGUGGGUAG